GAGAGAAAGAGAGAGAGAGAGAGAGAGAGAGAGAGAGAGAACGUGAACGGAAUAAUGUCAUGUUGACCAGUGACCAGCACGUUUACAGAACGUUUGGAUAUUUGUAGCGGUUUUAAAAUGGAUUAACUGAUUCGGUGGUAGUAACUUUUUUACACCUGGAUGGAACUCUGUCGAUAGUUUGGAUUAUGAGGAUAACUGGCGCCACAAUUUACCAUUGAGAAGCAGCAAUACUGCACUGGAGAAAGCAACAAGGUAGCAAACACAAGCACAGUCAUCCAAGGUGCUGUAGCCCUCAAAAUCUAGGAGAUAUGAGGGAACUUUGUAUCUGGAUUCUGAGAGUUUCCAUGCUUCUGCUGCUGCUCAGGCCAUAUCCCCUGGAUUGCCAACUCACUAUAGACCACAGGAAGGUUCCUCAAAGGGCAGAGCCCCAGCAGCAGGAGGCUGGAGGAGUGCAGGGUGGGGCCCCAGGCUCCUGGGGCUCCUGGGGGCCUUGGUCCUCCUGCUCCCGUUCCUGUGGGGGAGGGGUUCAGGAACAGAACCGACCCUGCCUACCCUCCCACACCCUCUCCAUGGGUGCUGUUGCCUACCCCUCCAGGCCGGAUGGCCACCACCCCAACCAGAACCCAGGCCAUGUAGUGUCUGCCCUAAGACCCACUGUCCCGCUGCACCGCACCAACUCUGGGAGACCCCCACCGUCCAACAGCAACACCAGCUUGGCCAGCCGAGGGGAGCUGAGGGACCAGCAGAGAGACAGAGAGGCCCAUGCUGGACGCAGGAGGGGCAGUGACAGUCCCAUCAUUCCAGGGAAGUAUGGCUAUGGGAGGAUGCCUUACGUUGUGUCUCUCCAGACAGACACAGGCCAGACGUCUGGGACAGAGACCGGGGCUGGUCGCUCCCACAGACAGAGACGCUCCCCGCUCUCUGACCCCAGCCCGUCAGCCACCAGGCACAGAGGCCACAGUCCAAACCCCUACCAUCUGCCAUACAACAACCCCCAUCUCCACAGCUACAGCCCAGUCCAUCACCAGCCCCCAGCCUCCCCUCCCAGGGCUAACCCUAACUCUAACCCUAACCCAGCCUCCCAGCCCAGGUCAAACCCUAACCCACCCAGCCAAGGGCACCAACCUAGGCAGGAGCAGCAGCACUCAUCCAGCCAGGCCUCAGCAGCUCAGCAAUCCUUUGGACGGCCCUACAAACCCCUGCCCACCUCCUCCUGUGUGGGAGAGCACAACCAGUACAAGAUUUGCAACACCAAUGCCUGUCCUCCAGCCAGUAGACACAUCAGAGUGGUGCAGUGUUCUUCCUACAACAGCUAUCCCUUCAUGGGUCGACUGUACGAGUGGGAGCCUUUCAAUGAAGUUUCAGGGGACCAGCGUUGUGAGCUCAACUGUCGUGCGACCGGUUUCCGCUUCUACGUGCGUCAGUCGGAUAGGGUCAUCGAUGGGACGCCGUGCGGCCAGAACGAGACUUCCAUCUGUGUGGCAGGGAGGUGCCAGAAAGCAGACCUGUCCUGA